AUGACAGAAGACACAUUACCUGUCACGGAACCAUCGAGCGCCGUUGACACUCCUAAGGAAGCUCACUCUGACUCCAAGGACGCCGAGGUUAUCAACGACGACGAUGAGGAUGUGCUCUCUAACAUUGAUGUUGCGAGUCCUGUCAAGCUCAACCCCAUCACUCCGACCAGAACCUUGCCCCCUCGAGCUGCGCGGUCUAAAGUCGAAUACAGCAAUUCGCCGCGCCCAAAGACUCCCAAAACCCAAUCUCCCAAAACUAAAACACCCAAAUCAAGAUCCAAGAGGCAACAAAUCGCUGAUAACCGCGUCCUGAAUUCUGACAUGGUCGUCGAGGAGGCUACGACAAAGACUAGAGCUACGGCACCACGUAUAGUCAAGGCUGAUACCGUGCGUAACCGAGUUCGCGAGGAGAUUGCCACCACGACGAAAGCAAAGCGCGAUGCAUUCCUUGUCCACUACAAAGACUACUUCUUGCCUCUGCUUCCNCCUAACAAUUACGUCUCCAGGCUGCUGCAAGCCAAUGACAAGCGUCAGGACUACGUGCCGUAUACUCCUCUGAGCAAGCAACCUACCAAUGUUGUUGCUACAAUGAAGCCCUACCAACUCACCGGCCUAUCGUUUUUGGCGAACAUGUACGAAAACGCAAUGCCUGCAAUCUUGGGUGACGAAAUGGGUCUUGGAAAGACAUUGCAAACACUGUCCUUAAUCCAACACCUCGAGGAGACUCAUCCUAGCCCAAUCGGCAUUGCUCGGCCCUACCUGGUCGUCUGUCCACUCAGUGUGUUGGGAUCAUGGUGCGACGAAGCCCGCAAGUGGACUCCAAAGCUCAAGGUUCUCCGCUUCCACGGCUCGACUUCUGAGCGCAACGAGGUGAAGUUGAUGGCUUCUGGUGUCACAGACAGAUAUGGAAAUGCGACCGGACGCAACAAAACCAAGCGAGGCGACGUUUCCGUGCCUACGAACGAGGACUCUGGAACCGUCUUCGAUAUCAUGGUCACCAACUACGAGACUUUCCAGUCAGAAAGUUCAUGGCUGAAGCAGGCUUUCGUAUGGCGCUACUGUAUUCUGGAUGAAGGACACAAGAUCAAAAACGACAAGACGAAUAUCUCGCUCGCUUUGCAGGGCCUUCAAGCUGAACAUCGCUUGCUACUGACUGGAACUCCUCUGCAAAAUGACCUGCGCGAAAUGUGGGCCUUGCUUCACUGGCUGUACCCAAACGUCUUCAUCGACAAAACCGCGGAUCUGUUCAAAGAAGCAUUCGACAUCGGCCGUGGUCAGGUUGACUCGAGCUUCAUGGACCAUGCACGUCACUUGCUCGAACUUAUAAUGAUUCGAAGAAUGAAAAGCAGUCCUGGCGUCGAUCUGGGGCUGCCUCCCAAGAGCGAGAUUCUACUCUACAUCCCUCUGACUCCACUUCAACGAUUUUGGUACACGAGACUACUUACGAAAGCUGGCGGCACGCUGCUGGAUGACAUAUUUGGCAACGUAAAGCAGAAAGAACACGAAGCGUUGAUCAAAGAGGUCCAAGAGGAUGUUCAGCUCGAUCAGGUCAAAGACGUGAUGGACAGCGACUUUAACAGCCAGAGUCGCGCUCUUAUUGAGCAGGCUAUAUCGAACGAGGCGACUGGAGAAAAGGACACAUCUGCGUACAAGAAGCUGAUGAACAUAGUCAUGCAAUUGCGCAAGACUUGUGUGACUCCUUACAUGAUCAAAGGUGCCGCGCCAGAUCCGUACUACUACGGAGAUCACAUCAUGCAUGCCUCUGGAAAGUUCAUCGUCUUGAACAAGAUUAUUGAUGAGCUGGUCAUGAAACAAGGAAAGAAGAUACUCAUAUUCUCGGGCUUCACCUCAGCUCUCGACUACUGUGAGGACCUGCUCGCCACAAAGGGCAGUAAUCAGCACGAUGCACCGUUCCGCCAUGUGCGUUUCGAUGGCAGCACCCAACGAGCAGUCCGCAAUCUGCAAAUCAGACUCUUCAACGACGUGUGUUCAGAGUAUAAGGUCAUGCUCAUCUCUACGCGUGCAGGUGGCCUGGGUCUCAAUCUCACUGCCGCAAGCGAUGUCAUCUUUCUGGACGAGGACUGGAAUCCGCAGGUCACACUCCAGGCAGAAGCCCGCUCUCACCGCAUUGGACAGACCAAACCUGUCACCAUCUACAAGUUAUUGAGCUCAGGCACUGUGGAAGAGCAGAUGAUGGGUCGCAUCAGAAAGAAGCUGUAUCUCUCUGCAAAGAUUACCGAAUCCAUGCAAGACAUCCAUUCCGCCAAUCAACCGCAGAAGAGGAAGAGAGCCACUGAGCAAGACGCUUCGGCAGAUGACGGUCCAGAGCUUGGUUUCUCACAGCUAAAGAGUUUGAUUCGUCGUGGUGCUACCACGUUGAGUCACCCUGAGGUUGACGUGNNGAGUGAGAUGGUUAAGUGGGACCUCGAUACAAUCAUUGAGAAGUGCAAAGACAAGCCUAUCGAUCCUCAUGUGAACGGUGAAUCCGAGGAGGCUGCUGANAAAGAAUGGUUGGCCAAGAUGGAGCGUGUCGAGAGCGCUGUGCUUAACGGUGUCAAGUACCAGAAGAACAUUGACAAAGCAGAGGCAGCUGCUUCCGACCUCUUUCGUGCCGACCGCCGAGUGGACAAGAACACGACAGUCAUGGUAGAUGGCUUCGCUAUCAACAAGGAGAGCAUGAACUGUAACGGAUGGGAGGCGGUCCCAACACUUGCGGGCAAAGACCCUCGACUUGCUGAACCCAAGCGUGAGAAGGCAGCUCCAAUCAAUCACCAGGAAAUAUGCCAAUCUUGCUUCGAUGGCGGUGAGAUGUACCUCUGCUCGGGAUGCCCACGCGCCUAUCACCUGGCCUGCCUGAGUAAGCAUUACCAGGCAAGGGCCACAUCCAAGAUGAACUUCCACUGUCCCCAACACGACUGUCACGACUGCGAAAGGAGUACUGGCAGUGCAGGCGGCCUGAUCUACCGUUGUCGCUGGUGCCACAAGGGCUACUGCGAGGAUUGCCUUGACCCUGACAGCAAACUGCUGGGCGAGACCAUCCCAGAGUAUGAGGUAUUGGACUACGCAUCCAAGCGCAACGCCUGGUACAUCCACUGUACCGAGUGCAAGGAGUCGCAGGAGGACCCCGAGUUUGCAAAGCUCAUUGCCAGCAUGGCCGCACAACACGAUAAAGAGUAUGCCGAGCUCCUUCAAGCUCAGCACGACAACAUGACCCAAAACACUCAGCCCGGAGCUUCUGAAACUAUGCCACCCAGCCGUGACGAAUCCAUGACUGACGGAAUCACGCUCGAGUCGUCUGGCCAGGCCACGCCCCUCGAAUUUGCCAGACAGGGCAAGCGCCCCAGAGAAUUCAUCGAUCUCGCCGACGACCCCGACGAUGUUAUUGACCUGACCAACGAAGGAUUUAACAAGUCUCUUCAUCCCAUCACCAUCGAUGAGGACCCCGAGACCACAGUCGGAGCACCCGUGUACAACAAUUACCGUACAAAGGCAAAGAAGCGCAAGACUCAUUAG